UGGGAUUUUACCUUAGACGCACAGCAGCUGGGGAUCACACUCACAUACAUUAGACACUCGAUGCUGUCUCUGAAAUCUAUAUACAGUGCACAUGAUGAAAGCUGAAUAAAUGGCUCUCGUGACAUGACAAUUUCAGGACAUCAUAUCUCUGCUAUUGGGCUGUGAGUGGGCAGAAGCACAGACAUUAUGUAACUCAAAUGUUCCUGCUUCAGAGACAGUAAAGAGAGCAUCCAAACACAGACACACGCAUGCAUGCAUGCAUGAGAGAGAGCCAGUGAGAAGUAAAUAAAUGAAAAUCUCACCUGACCUGGUUAGGAUGAGUGAAUAAAAAGAUGAAGCUGAGAGGGGAGACAGCGUUUGUAACGGAGAUGAUGGGGGUUGAAAGGCAGUGUGAGGUGGAGAUACUAAAACAGCCCCAAAAAGAGUCACAGUGUGUCCGAAAACAGCUGUCAGUCAACUCUAACAGAACCAAUGGACCAGGCAGGACCAAGGAUAAGAAACUGCGGAAUGAGGUGUUUCCAUUGCAUUUAUCUGAAUUAUCGCCCCAGCAUGUGGAAGCAUACCGACUGCUAGAGGACAGGAAACACAAACUUUCACCCGAGACCGCCGCCCUCUACCUGCUUCGACAACAGCACAAACUUUUGGAGACUGAGAUCAGCAGGAAAAGAAAGGAGUGUGAAGUCCUUGAGGAGGAGGUGAAGAAAAAGAGCCAGUCAUGUCAAACUCUGGAGACUGAGAUCAGCAGGAAAAGAAAGGAGUGUGAAGUCCUUGAGGAGGAGGUGAAGAAAAAGAGCCAGUCAUGUCAAACUCUGGAGAGUGAGCUUCAGCAUGUUCUGCAGGAGAAAGCACGCCUGAAUCUCCGGUUGUUCAACGAUACCCAGAACGCAACAAAAUAUGAGCAGGUGGAGACCUUGGGCUGCCCGGCAUACAUUUCAGCAUUCUCAACUCAACUCAAUCCGGCGAGUCCCCCUGCCCCUCAGGAGCACAGCAGUGACCACCCACUCACUCAUGACAUUGAGGAAUUCAUCUCUGAACGGGUGUAUCAAUGUGCCGUCCACUCAAGGCCGAGGCUCGCCAUGGCCUGUGAAAGUAGACGCAUCAGCUCGAAUUCGAUGCUGGCCCAUUUCACUGAUGACUCGCGGGCAGAGGGGGAGAGGUCCGCAGAGCUCGCCCAGUCCUCACUGUCCGAUGCCAGGAUAGAUCAGCUGUCCUCCUCUGCAGAUGCAGCUAUCUGCCGUCAUUAA